AUGGGCCGAAUCCAGGCCCUUGCGCUAAUACUCGCGGCUCUUUUCGCUCUCGUCUCAGCAAGUUCCGCGCCAACCUUUUGCAAAUGCACAUGCUUCAAGAAUAGCACAAUCAUUCCAUUAGGCCCCAAGGGAGAGUCAAUGGGCUCUCCGGCCAAUUUUCUCCCACGCCUUUCCCUGUCUCCCGAGACGAACACCCCUGGCGAUGCUCCACGCGAAUCAACCCACGGUCAAGGCUUGAGUCGACGGUCAUUGUCAACUUCGUGUUCGGAAUGUACGAAAUCAUUUUGCCUCAGCCAAGGAAUCGAUUUCUGCAAAGAGGCGCAAGAGGAGAACGUCAUCACCAUGUGCUUCCAGCGAGACAGCAACAAGGACAAGACCAUUGUCUGGGGCUUCAUCCUCGGAACUGUCGGCCUGCUUGGAUGGGCUGCCUUCAAGCGAAUCGUCGAACUACGGGACAAGAGGGCCGUCUUUCGGCAAGACAUCAGCUACGCACCAGUCGGCGGUGAGCGAUGA